AUCACGGCCUGCCUGGGCGUCGGCAGUUCGCUCAUUGGUAUUGCUGCGUAGGAAACUAACACCCAAACAGCACCUCAGCAGAGAGCUCGGAGGUGGCACUUACAUAAACGGAAGCCUAAAAUAAAAACACUUCAAAUAAAAAAAUGCAUUCAGUCACUCUGGAUGGUUCGCCAAAGAAACGGACGCUGUCUCGGGGAAUAAGCGAGGACGAGUCUCUCCGCAGCUUCAUAAAAGAGUCCGAGAGCUCGUCCAGGCGCCUGGCACGAAGCGACAGCCGAGCUGGAACCUUGAAGAGGAGGACUGACAGUCAGACCGAUCCGGACCUCUUCAUGGGCCUCCCAGAAAUGCUGGAGCUGCAGGCCAGCUAUGAUGAGGUGGUGCAAGAGCUGCGUGGGCUGGAGGUUGAGCGAGAGACUCUGUUGUUCCAGGUGGACGUCCUGCAGGACACGCUGGAGGGUGUGGAGGAGCUUCUAGCCGAGACACAGAGGGAAGCUGGACAGACUAACACGGAGUUAGUGUUAGAGCGGGAGGCCAAGAGGAAACUGGAGAGCAUGGUGUCCUCUCUUAUGCAGGAGGUGGAGAGAUUAAAAGAGGAGAAAAAUAACCAUCCACCUGCUCCAGUGAACACAUUUGUAAGUGCUGAUGAGCCAAUAAGGGGACACCAAAUGGAAAACGAUGUCCAGCACUUGACUGAAGCUGCUCACAGAGAAGAAAAAGACUCCUCGCUGUGUGAACCAUGCAGCGGGGAAAGCAGAGGCGGAGCAUCAGAGGAAAAGGAAAAGAGCAAAGAGGCAGACGAAGAAGGAAACACCCUGACAAAGCUGAAGAAGAUGGCCGAUCAGGCCCUGGCCCAUGUGCCCACUCUUGCCCUGGGCAACCUGGUCUUACAGGAUGGGGUCCUGCGGAGGCCAUACGAAAACGGCGUGGAGGAGGGACGAGAUUCUUCUCCAGACAGGAACGACUCAGACAGCAUAAGUGCCUACGAGGAUGCAUCUGCUGAGACUCCGGAGAUGGACAGGAUUUUCCCAGGUGACAAUUCAGAGCUUCCUUAUGAUUCAGAAAAUAAUGAGGGAUGUACCACUAACAGCUGCCAGCCCAAUGACCCCCAAAACCCUGAACUCUGUGUUGUGUCUUAAACAAUCUGUUUGAUGUACUGCUUGGAGAAAGGUCAAAGAUUAUUGAUGAUUUUGAAAUAUUUUAAAGCGCUUUCAUUUGCAGUUAACACACAUCACAUAAAUAUGGUUUGCUAUAAGCAAUGGCCAUAGCUGUUAUUGAAGCUCAAAGGAGAAGUCUAUAAAUGAAAUACCUUAACAUAAACAACUUUUAAAAACUUGGCUUUAUCAUUGAGCAAUUGAAAAUCUAAAUGCCAAAAUUAGCUUUUGUUUGUUUUAUAUGUAAGUCAAAGAAAUGUGUUUUGGACUUGAGACACUACUUUUUGACAUUUUAUGACUAAAUCAUUAAUGGUGAGAAUAUUGGGCAGCGUAAUUGAUGAUGGAUAAAAGGGUACGUUGCAAAUGUAGUUGUCAAUCACUGUAAUACGAAGCUUCGGUUUUAAAUUCACGACAAAGGAACUCAGGAUUCAGGUGGUUUACUAAACUGGGAUUCAACUCAAGACUACUUUAAAUAACUUGCCAAUCAUUUGUCUUGAAUGUACGUCUUAAAUUUUUUAUUUUUCGUAUUCAUGGAUAAACACAGAAAGGACUCCUUGUUCUUUGAUGGUUCACUUCUUUAGGGGCCUUUUAAGAAGGUUUUUUUUACACUACCAGGUCCCAGGACACAAAUCAGAUUUACCUGUAUAUAAAACAAAAUGAGCUUAGAAAGAAUUUGAACUGUUGCUGUGUUCUGAUUUAUAAUUACACAACAGAGAGUUGGGAUUUUAGAGAGGCAGUGUAAAUGUCUCACACUUACAGCUUGGAGGAUAUUUGAUCUGCCAGAAUAGAGGGUUCAAGAUGCGUUUGACAUCCCCUCAUGAAGCUCUGAUACAGGCUUUCAAAGACAGGUGGUAAAUAUAUAUUUUAAAUGUUUUUAGUAAGGGAAAAUGACUUUUAUUUGCUGCCUGUAGUUGUGUUUUUUAAUCUUUUAUAUACGGCCCUUUCCUGUUCGUAUUUUGAUUUAGGGAAAUUAAAUUGGCUGCAUUUGCACUUUUUGAAACUCUUGUAUUGUGGCAUAAAUUUGUCAGAUUACAUUAGAAACAACAUUCCCUUUACAACCAAACAUGGCAGUGAUGACUGAUCUGCUGACCUGCUGCAGGCUGCCUCUCUGCCUGCACAGUGAAAACUGUAUGUUUGCACAUUUACAGACACACUUGCUGAAAUUAGUUGCUCUGUAUGUCUCUGAAUGCUGUUAUACUCACUUUGUAUUUUAAUCACAAUGUUUUAUGGUUAUUUUAUAUAAUGUUAUAUUUCCUCUUUUUAAUGCUUGAAGCAACAGUAAGACCCUAUCACCUCAUUUGAUUUGCAUGAGCACCUAAGAAUGUAAAACAUUUUCAGUCUGCAAAUGAAUCAGUCUGUCGGUCAUUAUGUAGUACAUUUGCACGCAGAACUCUGUUUGGAGAUGAUGGAAUUUUUGCAGCUUUAACAAAUAUUUUAGGGAACAUAUGUGACAUUUUUUAAGGAAAAUCAGUUUUAAUCUCCAAUCGUGGCAGAUCUGAAACAAAAAGUGGAACCAUAUUAAAGCAUUAAAGAAAGUGUGAUACUAGAUGAUAGCACUUGUGCAGUUGCUGCAUUUGGUUGCAUGUUGUUUUGUGGGUUUAUGGCGGGAUAUUCAUGUUUGUAUUUACUGAUGUGUCUUUUGUUUGACUUCAUUUACACCAGGUUACUGCUACUGAAGUGCUGUUACUGUAGUGCUGUGUGGUGGAAAUGUAGUCGGGUCUUAAACAUUCAGGUCAUUAUUAUACAUCAACGCUGGUCUUACGUUCAUACAUGAACAUCCACAAUCAUUGGUCGGCUACAUUUUUUCAUCAACUUUAUAGUUUUCAUUACAUUCCUGUCAGAUCAGAGGAUUUGAUCUGUCCCACUGAAAUAAAUGUUUUACAUCAUUUUUGGAACUUUCUUGUUUUUAUUUUGUAUCACUGAUGCUUUUUGUUGAAUUUAAGUACAUAGCUGUGCGUUUUUAAUUGUUUUUUUUUUUUGCAUAUUUUUGUCACACAGCGAUGCAAAAAAAUGAAGUUCUUAGUGUAGUUUGAUGCCUUUAAUGGGUGGACAUAUUUUUGACAUGUUCUGAGCUUUGUAUCAAAUGGUCACAGGUGACAGAAGAUGGCACGGAUUUAUACUUGUAAUUAAAAUGACAUUCCAGACAUAUCAAAAUAAAAGAAGUGAAAAAUGCCAA